AUGGAUAAAAAUGAUUAUGGAACUGUUACAGCAAGUGGAAAAGCGGAGCCGGAGAAGGAGAUCGCAAAAGAUGGUUCGAUUUGUGGAUUCGACUCUCUUCACAGCCUCCUUCAAUCCUCCCUCAGCCCCCAAAUUUUCCAGGAAGUCAGCCGGUUGCUUCUUGGGCUAAAUUGUGCGAAGGCUCUUGAAACUCUCGCUCUUCCCGAGCCUGCUAAAGCUCUUUCUUCAAAACAUGAUUUUGAUCUUCAGGCAUUUUCAUUUCAAGCUGAAAAUGAGUCACUGAGAGAGCCUCGUAUUGUUAGAGUGGGUAUCAUUCAGAAUUCUAUUGCUCUACCAACAAUAACACCCCUUUUGGACCAGAAGAGGGCCAUCUUUCAGAAAUUGACCCCCAUCAUUGAAGCUGCAGGCACUUCAGGAGUCAAUGUGUUAUGCUUACAGGAGGCAUGGAUGAUGCCAUUUGCAUUUUGUACUAGGGAGAAGAAAUGGUGUGAAUUUGCAGAGCCAAUUGAUGGGGAAUCAACACAGUUUCUUCAGGACUUUGCUGGGAAAUACAACAUGGUCAUAAUAAGUCCCAUCCUCGAGAGGGAUUUGAAACAUGGGGAGACUAUCUGGAAUACUGCUGUAAUAAUUGGAAAUCAUGGCAACAUAAUAGGGAAGCACAGGAAGAAUCAUAUACCUAGAGUUGGAGACUUCAACGAGAGUACCUACUAUAUGGAGGGGAACACUGGGCACCCUGUAUUUGAAACAGCUUAUGGAAAGAUUGCAGUUAAUAUAUGUUAUGGAAGACAUCAUCCUCUCAAUUGGUUAGCUUUUGGUUUAAACGGUGCUGAGAUUGUUUUCAACCCAUCAGCAACUGUUGGUGAACUCAGUGAACCAAUGUGGCCCAUUGAGGCUCGUAAUGCAGCGAUAGCAAACAGUUAUUUUGUGUGUUCCAUUAACCGUGUUGGGACAGAGAUCUUCCCUAAUCCUUUCACUUCAGGUGAUGGAAAGCCAGAACAUUCUGAUUUCGGGCAUUUCUAUGGUUCAAGUCAUAUUUCAGCACCAGAUUCUUCUUGCACACCAUCUCUAUCUCGUCACAGGGAUGGCUUGAUGAUAUCAGACAUGGAUCUUAACCUCUGCAGGCAACUGAAGGACAAGUGGGGAUUCCGAAUGACUGCUCGAUAUGAAAUGUAUUCGGAUUUGCUUGCUCGUUAUCUGAAGCCAGAUUUCGAACCCCAAGUCAUUCCUGAUCCGUUGUUACAUAAGAACUAA